CUACUCACUGAUUCUAACCCGGUGGGUAUCUCGCGAAAACAGAAGAGUUACACCUGAGGGGAGGGUGUUUGCUCUGAACACACAGCUCAAGGACGUUCUCGACUCAGAUGGAAGGUCUCUAGGCUGUAGCUAAAACUUUCAUCCGUCCAGAUAUUUACAGUUUGAAGGGCUUCCCCCCUGAUGUUUUUGGCAAUAAAGGGAGAAAAUCAUUUCUCCUAAGGGCAUUUGAAACUGGCAAAAUAAACAUGCUGUGCACAGCUGAGUCUCCCUAGCCUUUGUUUUCGCUGGGAGGCUGGAGGGUCGGGACAUGGACCGUCAGACUCGAGGGCUUCAUCUUUUAAAGUCUCCGUGUCCGCAAUACCGGGAUAAUCACUCCACGUGCCACCUGCGGAGGCCUCAUUUUUCUUUUCAUUUCUUAAGAAAAAGACUCCUCGUCGUCUAGGCAAGUUUGGACAACUGAUUAACUCCUGGGAACACUUGCGCAUCAGCUGAUCCCAGGUGGUGCAGACGCCUAGCGGGGACCAGGCCCCGGGGGCGCCCCCGAGGUGUCAUCUUCCCGAGCGACGGUGCACCUCUCACAUUAACACUUGGUUCCGCUUGGGUCUCUUCCAUCUCCACCCCUCCACCCAGGGGGCCUCCCUGAGCCCCUGCCACCAGCUCACCUUCUCUUUUCCUCCCACGCCCCCGGACAGGGCAUCCCUUCUGGCAGGUGGGGUUGGGGGAUGUCUAGUCCCCGGGGAAGGAGUGCAGAAGGGUUAACGAGGAGAGUCUGCGGCCAGGUGGGGCGCCCACACCCGCCCGGCCGCGGUGGGCGUCGGAGGUGAGGGGGCGCUGUUCGGGCAGCAGUGCGCCGGGCGGCGGGCGGGAGAGCUGCCAGGCUGACGGAGACGCCGGCCCGAGUGGGGGCCGCUCCGCCGCCACCGCCGCCGCCGCCGCCGCUGUGAUGCGGAGCCGGUGCUGCGCCGGGCGGUGGAGUCAGAGCCCGGGCGCGGGAGCACGAGCUGCAACAUCAGCACCGGCGGCGGCGGCAGCAGCAGCAGCACCUGCACCAGCUCCCGGGCCCCGCGCUGCGCUCUCCGCCCUGCCGCGCCCGGGGCCGCCGCCCCGCGCUCUCUAUGGAUGUCAAAGCGGCCCCCAACGGGGUGGCCACCAUCGAGGAUCGGAUCCUGCGGAUCACUGGCUACUAUGGCUAUUACCCGGGUUACUCCAGCCAGAAAAGUACCUCCAGAUCAUCAGUUACUCGAUGUAAACCAGGAGCCAACUGCCCCAGUUCACACAGUGGCAUCAGUAGGCAACUGUCCCCUCUUUCUGUCACCGAAGAUUCUUCUGCUCCUAUUCUUGAACUUCAGAGCCGAGGAUCUUCUGGAGUUUGCGGACAUAGAGUUGAAAGGCAGAACAGAUCAGGGGAUGAUGGAACACAGACUCAUCCUGAGAACAGCAGCCAAGAAAACAGAAUCAAGGCUCGCUGCCGGUCAUGCACGUCCAUGGUCCUGAAGGCCGUCUGGGGACUUUUGAUCAUCUUGUCAGUCUCAUCGUCUUGGGUUGGAACCACACAGAUUGUAAAAAUUACUUACAAGAACUUCUACUGUCCGUUUUUCAUGACUUGGUUUUCAACAAACUGGAACAUUAUGUUUUUCCCAGUCUACUAUUCUGGUCAUCUGGCCACUGCUCAAGAAAAGCAGUCUCCAAUGAAAAAAUUCAGGGAAUGCAGUCGGAUUUUUGGUGAAGAUGGUCUGACAUUGAAGCUCUUCCUUAAAAGAACUGCUCCCUUUUCUAUUCUAUGGACUUUGACUAAUUACCUGUAUUUACUGGCUUUAAAGAAGUUGACAGCCACGGAUGUCUCUGCUCUGUUCUGUUGUAACAAAGCCUUUGUCUUCUUGCUGUCGUGGAUCGUGCUGAAAGACAGGUUCAUGGGAGUGAGGAUAGUUGCUGCAAUAAUGGCCAUUACCGGCAUCGUCAUGAUGGCAUAUGCAGAUAAUUUCCACACUGAUUCGAUCAUAGGAGUGGCCUUUGCAGUGGGUUCAGCCUCUACGUCUGCAUUAUACAAGGUUUUGUUUAAGAUGUUUCUCGGAAGUGCCAACUUUGGUGAAGCGGCACACUUUGUCUCCACGUUGGGUUUCUUCAAUUUAAUCUUCAUCUCUUUCACCCCGGUCGUCCUGUAUUUCACCAAGGUGGAACACUGGUCCUCAUUUGCAGCUCUGCCGUGGGGCUAUCUCUGUGGGAUGGCCGGGCUGUGGCUGGCCUUCAACAUCCUGGUGAAUGUCGGCGUGGUGCUGACAUACCCAAUCCUGAUCUCCAUUGGGACAGUGCUCAGCGUUCCUGGAAAUGCAGCUGUGGAUCUCCUGAAGCAGGAGGUGAUAUUCAAUGUUGUCCGCCUGGCCGCUACGAUCAUCAUCUGCAUUGGGUUUCUGCUGAUGCUCUUGCCAGAGGAGUGGGAUGAAAUUACCCUCAGAUUCAUCAAUAGCCUGAAGGAAAAGAAGAGCGAGGAGCAUGUGGACGACAUUACUGAUUCCAAUGUACACCUGCGGAGCAGAAGCAGGGCCAAUGGGACAGUGUCUAUACCACUGGCUUAACGAGGGACCCAUUUUGAAUGCACGUGUAUGUAUAUUCUGUGAAUAUAAUAAAAUUUUCUCACUACCGGUACACUCAAAUGACAAUAUUAACUCUGAAUUUGGAUAAGUCAUAUGUGAAACAAUGCCAAUGAUAAAAGUUUACAUUUAUAUGCUUAUCAAGGAACUGGUGUAAAUGAUCAUAAUAAAAAUUUUUUAUGAAAACAUA